UUGCUGAACGACAUCUGCAAUCCCCAUCACAGUGACAUGGCAUCCAGAUUUUCGGCGGCCCGCCCAAAACGGGCCGGUGAGGCUUUUGCACGAGCUCGCCACGGCGAAGACCGUGAUGACGAGGGACCCACCUCGAAGAAGGUGAAGUUCGAUAUCCGCAACCCAUCCGCUCUUGCGCCAAGCGCCCAGGACGAAGACGACGAGAACGACAAUGUCCUUGACGCAGACGUCAUCGGCGCGUCCGGAAGAGCAACGAAGCGCGGCGCCGUAAAUCUCGAGGGCUACGAGUCCGAUUCCGAAAAUGAGUACCUCAAUGCGAGGGCGGAAGCAAGGGGCAAGAAGGACAAGGAGGCCGAGGAUGUCGACCUAGCCGAGGUGAUGGACAACUACAGUUCCAAGGCUAGUCCCGGAGGAGGCGGUGUUGAGGACGAUGAAGUGGACAUGUUUGGCGGUUCUGACGCCGGCGAAAACACGCUUGCCGACAGCAGCAAAGGAGGAAAGAAGAAGGACAAGCAGGUGCGCUUUCUCGCCGAUACCGAGAUCGAAGGUCAAGAAGACACCAGCAAGAGCGGCGGUACUGUGCGAAUAGAUGGCAGGGAGGAUAGUGACGACGAGGAUGACGAGGAUGACGAUGAAGAAGCGAUUGCUGCCGCCAUCGCGGAAGAGGGCGUAGAUGAGGAAGUUGGCGCAGGCGGCCUUAAAAAACACGCGCCAAAGAUCGACGCCUUCAACAUGAAAGCGGAGCAGGAAGAGGGUGCCUUUGACGAGGCAGGUAACUACAUCCGGAAAGCCGCCGACGCCGACGCCGUGCACGAUCGCUGGCUCGAAGGAAUCAGCAAGAAGGAGAUGAAGAAGGCGGCGGCAGCGCACGAGAAGCGCGAGGCUGAGCUGCGGAAGCUGCAGCGCGAGAACGACAGCAUAUUGACUGGCGAUCUGUUCAAGGAGCUCAUCGCAAGGCUGGAGCCGGGCGAGACGGCGCUGGAUGCUCUGGCGAGGCUUAGGAAGAGCCAGACAACAAAACCCAAGGCCAAGAAGGUUCCCAAGUGGAAGCAGAGAAAGUCAAAAGCCAAUGGGGAUGGAGGCGGGGAUGCAAUGGACGUCGAUGCCGAUAAGGAGACCGAGGACCCAAAACAGGCCAAGAUCAGGGAGGUCAUCAACGCGAUUGCUGAUUCUGCAGACAAGUUGAUGCAGAGGGAUUUUGCGAACAUCUACGACACAGAAAGAGAACGACUAAUAAGAGAGUAUCGGAACGAGACCGGGGAAGCCUGGGUGGAACCACCUGAACCGGGCGGUGACGAGGAGGGAGGCGGCGCCGGGGAGACGAAAAUGUGGGAAUUCCGUUGGACGGACGGACGCGACAAUGCUGCCAAGCAGGGGCCGUUUGACGGGCCAACAAUGAAGGCAUGGCAAGAUGCCGGCUACUUUGGGGAGGGCGUAGAGUUUCGGCGAGCAGGGGAAGAUGGGGAAUGGACCCGGGUUGCUACGUUCUUGUAAGACAAUGAGACGGCCUCCAGCUACGUAACAACACCAAAUCGGCGCAAAAUCGCCAACGACCACAACUCUUCCCACAUCUAUGAAUAUCCAUUACCGUACUUGUACAAGA